ACUGAAGGGAGCCGAAACGCUUCGUCUGUUUCCGCCAACGGAGCCCCGAUAAUUUCCGACCGCGCCCGAAACUGGCGGCGAGGCUCUUCGGCAGCUUCCGGAAACCCGGAAGUGAGGAAGCGAGCGCGUUCGGGUGUCUCCGGCAGGGGCAGGACUGGCGGAGAAAGGGCGCCCGAGCUGCCGCCCGAGACGGGCAUGCGGCUGCUUUCGCGAGCUCUCCGCGCGGCGCAAGGCUGCCGGGCCCCCGCGAUGCCCCCUCGGAGCCUCCGAGCAGCAGCGGUCGCGGGCAGCGCGGCGGGGCCCUGCCCGCAGCAGCCGCUCCGCGGGCUGAGCGCUCGGCCCAGCUUGGAGGAGCUGUUCACCGCCCCCUCCUUACGUCGCCUGCUGGAGGCGCGGACGCAGAGCGGGGCCGGGGCGGGGCCAGAGCUGGCGGCGCGGAUCCGUCGGCUACGCGAGAAGGAGCAGGAGCUGCGCGAUACGCGGGAGCUGGCGCGGCAAGAUGAGAGUGGAGAUCUGCAGAAGCUUGCAGAAAGGGAGAUCACCUCCUGUGAAGAAGAGAUAGCUGAGCUGAAACACCAGAUAGUGUUGCUCUUGAUUCCUUCAGAAGAAACAGACGAGAGUGAUCUUGUCAUGGAAGUAACUGCUGGAGUUGGAGGGCAGGAAGCCAUGCUGUUCACCUCGGAAAUAUUUGAAAUGUAUCAACGAUAUGCUGCCUAUAAAAAGUGGAAAUUUGAAAUAUUAGAAUACUUUCCCAGUGAAAUAGGUGGCCUAAGACAUGCAGUUGCCAGUAUAGCAGGUCUCGAGGCUUACAAGUACAUGAAAUUUGAAGGAGGAGUGCAUCGUGUUCAGAGGGUGCCAAAGACAGAAAAACAAGGACGCAUUCACACCAGCACAAUGACUGUUGCCAUAUUACCCCAACCGACUGAGACGAGGCUGCAAAUUAAUCCAAAAGAUCUUCGGAUAGAAACAAAGCGAGCCAGUGGAGCUGGAGGCCAGCAUGUCAAUACCACAGACAGUGCUGUACGAAUUGUUCAUGUUCCAACAGGGAUCGUGUCUGAAUGUCAGCAAGAAAGAUCUCAAAUUAGAAACAAAGAGAAGGCUAUGCAAAUGCUAUAUGCUAAAAUAUACAAUGCCAAACUGGAAGAAGAAACCAAAAAGAGAAACAGUGUUCGAAAGAUUCAAAUUGGGACUAAAGGAAGAUCAGAGAAGAUCAGAACAUACAACUUCCCACAGGACCGGAUUACUGACCACAGGAUAAGCAGAUCAGUGCAUCAUAUUGAGUGUUUCAUGCUUGGAGAAGAAAUGCUAGAUGAAAUGAUACAAACUUUGAGAGAAUAUGCUGAUUAUGAAUCUUUAAUGGAAAUUAUUUCAGAAAAUGAAAAAAAAAAUCUAUCCUGAACAUUGUUUUUUGUCAGCCCAUUACAAACAGAUGCAGAUAUGUGUCAGCAAAGGAGUUUUCUAGAGCACUACCCAGAAAUGUAAACUGCUUUUCAGAUUGUGAAAAGCACAAUUUGUUUACUCACUUUGUUACCUUUAUAUGAGACAUUAUUGCUACAGCAGUCCACUUAAAAAGCAGUUUUGAGUGGGCCAGAAGUAACUGCAGCUUUUAAACUUUCUCCACUUAGAAGAUACUGAUACACCUGUCUCAAAAGGUACGCAUUAAAAAAUGAGCUAUUUCUUGUUCCAGUUUUUAUUUAUAUAGUAGCUUAAACUUCAGUACAGUGUAAAAUAAUUUAAUGGAGAGAAAAAUAAAAAGUCUUUUGAGUGACUGGAAGAAAGCGAUAAAUAAAUUAUCUCACUACUAAUCUGCAUUUUUUUAAAUCAUUUAGAUGUAGCAUGGGAGAAGGAGUCAAAGCGUAUCUCCAUGUUUUCUAGCCCUUAUUAAUAAACACAAAAAUACCUGUUUAGGAAUAUCCCUUGUUCAAAAAAAAAAAGCUGUGGAAGCUAAGUGACAAGUUAUAUGAGUUGUUUUUGAAAAUAAUGCUUCUGUUCUUGAGUAAAAACUGAAAAGAAUCAUUACAAUAUGGUUUGCCUGUUAUUUCAGUCUCCAUCAGCCUUUAGUUCAGCUUCUCCUGUAUGUUUUUAAUUGACUCCCCAGUUCAUUGAUUUCUAA